GCUCUAUAGAAAUACUUUACUAGUUCCAUUGCACCUCUGUAGAUCACACACCCAGAGACACUGAUAUAACUUGAUAAACAGGGGACUACAGGAACUGAACCCUGGAGCCAGAGGAGCAAACAGCAGCUGCCCUGCUCAACCUAAGAGCUAACAUGUUGUACCUGGAAAACUCCGCUCCAACGCAGUAUAGUGAGUCUCAGUACACAAACCUGGGGCUCCUAAACAGCAUGGACCAGCAGAUGCAGAAUGGGGGCUCCUCCUCCACUAGCCCCUACAACAACGAGCACGCCCAGAACAACGUGACGGCCCCCUCUCCCUACGCCCAGCCCAGCUCCACCUUCGAUGCGCUCUCCCCAUCGCCAGCCAUCCCUUCCAACACAGACUACCCCGGGCCACACACCUUCGACGUCUCCUUCCAGCAGUCCAGCACCGCCAAGUCUGCCACCUGGACGUACUCGACAGAUCUGAAGAAACUGUACUGUCAGAUUGCCAAGACCUGCCCGAUUCAGAUCAAGAUGAUGACCCCUCCUCCUCAGGGCGCGGUGAUCCGGGCGAUGCCGGUGUACAAGAAGGCGGAGCACGUCACAGAGGUGGUGAAACGCUGUCCCAACCAUGAGCUGAGUCGCGAGUUCAACGAUGGCCAGGUAGCACCGCCCAGUCACCUGAUCCGAGUGGAAGGAAAUAACCAUGCCCAGUAUGUGGAGGACCCAAUCACCGGCCGGCAGAGCGUUCUGGUGCCCUAUGAACCACCCCAGGUGGGCACUGAGUUUACCACCAUCCUUUACAACUUCAUGUGCAACAGUAGCUGUGUCGGGGGAAUGAACCGGCGCCCCAUCCUCAUCAUUGUCACACUGGAGACCAGAGAUGGUCAGGUCCUGGGUCGCCGCUGCUUCGAGGCCCGAAUCUGCGCCUGCCCGGGCCGAGACCGCAAGGCAGAUGAGGACAGCAUCCGAAAACAGCAGGUCACAGAUGGAACAAAAAAUGGUGAUGGUACGAAACGCCCUUUCCGCCCGACAUCCCAUGGAAUACAGAUGACAUCGAUUAAGAAGAGAAGAAACACGGACGAUGAAUUAUUUUGUCUAUCUAUAAAAGGCCGUGAAAUUUAUGAGAUUUUGGUGAAAAUUAAAGAGUCUUUGGAGCUCAUGCAGUUCUUGCCACAGCACACUAUCGAAACAUACAGGCAGCAGCAGCAGCACCUGCUCCAGAAACAAUUCGGUGUCUUCGACGACGAGAGUAACGGCAUGUAUGCUUUUCCGUGCCCCAGGACUUCCAUGCAAUCACCGUCAUCCUACGGCUCCAGCUCACCCCCACUCAACAAAAUGCCAAUCAUCAACAAACUGCCCUCCGUCAGUCAGCUCAUCAACCCCCAGCAGCGCAACGCGCUCACCCCCUCCGGCAUGUCCGGGGGCCUAGCCGACAUGGCUCCGAUAAUGGGCUCACACAUCCCCAUGGGCAGUGAUAUGAGCGCGCUCAGCCCCACGCAGGCUGUGCAGUCCCAGCUGCCCAUGCAGCCGCUGUCGUCACACUGCACCCCUCCGCCCCCCUACCCCACCGACAGCAGCAUCUCCAGUUUCCUGCUGAGGCUCGGCUGCUCGUCGUGUCUGGACUAUUUCACUACCCAGGGGCUCACCAGCAUUUACCAGAUCGAGCAUUACAACAUGGAGGACCUGUCCCGCCUGAAGAUCCCGGAGCAGUUCCAGCAUGCCAUCUGGAAGGGGAUCGUGGAUCACCGGCAGACCCUGGAGUACUCCCCUUCCCAGCACCUCAUGCGCUCAGCCAAUGGAGCCUCCACCGUGAGCGUGGGCUCGUCAGAGGCGCGGGGCGAGCGGGUCAUCGACGCUGUCCGCUUCACCCUGCGGCAGACCAUCUCCUUCCCCCCGCGCGACGACUGGAGUGAUUUCUCGUUUGACAUGGACUCCCGCCGGAACAAACAGCAACGCAUCAAGGAGGAAGGCGAGUGAGGUCCCCUCAAUGGACACGACUCUCCUGUGACACCUGAGACCCACAACCAUGGUGCGUACCGACUGGAAACGCAACCCAUCUUCAUUCUUCAAACUUUAUUUUUAUUUGACUUUUGAAAACUUUUUGAAACAAAAAAAGAAAAGGUAUAAGAGAAUGUUGCACUUAAUAUGCUUUGUUUAUUUUUUCUUCUCCCUAUAUCUUGGCCCUGGUUUUUGCAGGUUGGGUGGAUGGCGAGUGGUGGUUAUAAAUUCUAAUUGCGUUUUUUUUUUUUGUGACACAGCACUUGCAGUACAAAAAAAAAAGGUUUGCAUUCUUGUUUUAGGAUCAUUUAUUAAUAAUAAUAUUUUAUAAUAUAUAUUAAUUAUUAAAGAAAGGUUAGUGUGUUGCAAAAAGGCCUUGUCGGUGCUGACUCGGUUAUUUGGUUUAAAAUGUACUCUGCUCCCUGUGUUCUGGGGUUACUGACUGAUAAAUCCUUGCUUUUUGGGGUUCUGGAUGACCUUUUAAGAUCCCAAGUG